UCUUGAAAUGAUUGAAAUACGUCAAAAAAUGAUUGAACGUGAUGCAAAUGAAAUAUCAAAGUUAUGGAAAUUAAUACCAAUGACAUUGUAUUUUUUUUGUGCAUUGAGUAGUUAUAUUGCUUCAAUAUUAUUUUAUAUAUUUUGGAAUGAUAUAUUUAGAGGUAACUGUCCAAUUUGGGGUGAAUUAAAACCACCAUCACCAAAACGAUUAUUACGUGAUAUGGAUGCAACAAUUGAGGAUGAAAUACCAGAUGUACCAAGUCCAGAUUGGCGACGUAAUAUGAUUGUAUCAUUUCAAAAUCAACGUCAUUGUAAUUUUUAUCAUUCAGUUAGCUUAUGUUCUUGUAUGUUUGGAAUUAUUUGGCUCAUGUUUUUUUCCAUGUGUGGCAAAGGAGGCUAUGACACGAGAAUAUUUAUAGCUCCAUGGAGACUUGUUCCUCCUGCAAUUUUAUUUCAUUUAAUUUUCACACCAGUUGUCCUUUAUGCUGUUCAUGAUGUUGCAUAUGGAUAUUCAAGUUUUACCACAAAUUUAACAGAUGUUGCUACUAAUUACAUGAACAAAACUGAUGUUAUUUAUUCAAAAAAAUGUAAUGUUGUUCAGCAUUAUUUGAAAGCUUUUGAAGAUUCAGAUCAUGACCUUUGCUAUAUUUAUACAUCAUUACAAAUUUUUUCAUGGAUAAUGGCUUGGUGUUGGUUUCUUGGACUAUUAAUUUUACUAUUGAGAAUUGCAAUUGUUAAUGAUUUUCGUUUACUUAAAUUGACAAUUUAUAAAUGUCCAGUUAAAAAAAUCAUUGAAGAAGAGGAAAAAAUUGAUGAAAAUAUUGAAGAAGAAAUUAUUAGUUAUCCAAGAAGACUUCAACGUUUGUUAUUUUUUAUGCCUGAGUAA